AUGAUAAUUCAUCAGAACAAUGAUUUAAAAAAUGGUCUUAAAAAGAGACAAUUACAAAUGAUAGCAUUAGGAGGAUGUGUGGGGAGUGGACUUUUAGUUGCAUCUGGUAUGGCUUUAAGAAAUGGUCCUGGAAGUUUAUUAGUGGCUUGGGCUAUUGUUUCAUCAUUUUUAUAUUGUACUAUGCAAUCAUUAGCUGAAUUAUCAGCUGCUUUCCCCGUAUCAGGUUCAUUUGCAACUUAUGCCACUCGAUUUAUUGAUCCAUCUUGGGGUUUUGCUAUGGGUUGGAAUUAUGCUAUUUUUUGGGUGGUUGUUUUACCCUUAGAAUUAGUAGCUGCAUCCAUGACGAUAAAUUUCUGGGAAUCUAAAAUUAAUUCCGUAGUUUGGAUUGCUUUAUUUUAUGUAUUAAUCUUUGUGUUAAAUUUAUGUGGAAAUAGAGGAUUUGGGGAAACUGAAUUCGUAGCAUCUAUUAUUAAAUUAUUAGGUAUAGUUGGUUUUAAUAUUUUAGCUAUUAUUUUAAUUUGUGGUGGUGGUGAUCAAGGUUUUAUUGGAGGGAGAUAUUAUAUAAAUCCUGGUUCAUUUACAACUGGAGUUAAAGGAGUUGUUUCUGUUUUAAUUACUGCUACUUAUUCCCUAGCUGGUACCGAAUUAAUUGGGUUAACUACCACUGAAUCAGAAGGAAAUCCAAGAAUUGUAUUACCAAAAGCUAUCAAACAAGUGUUUUGGAGAAUUAUUAUCUUUUAUAUGAUAACUUUAACUUUAGUUGGAUUCUUAGUACCAGCAAAUUCAGAUCAACUUAUUGGUGCUUCAUCAAAUGCAUCUGCUUCACCAUUUGUCAUUGCUAUUAGAGCAGGAGGUAUUAAAGUUUUACCAACAAUUUUCAAUGUGGUUGUUUUAGUAGCAUUAUUAGCCAUUGGAAAUUCUGCCGUAUAUGGAUUUUCAAGAACUAUUUUAGCAUUAUCAGAACAAGGGCUAGCACCAAAGAUUUUUAAUUAUGUUGAUAGAAAAGGUAGACCAUUAGUUGGUAUUGCUGCAUGUGCUAUAGUUGGACUUUUAGCAUUUGUAUCAGUUUCACCUAAACAAUCAGAAGUCUUUGCAUGGUUAGUUGCUUUAUCAGGUCUUUCAACUUUAUUUACUUGGGGUAGUAUUAAUGCUUCAUUUUUAAGAUUUAGAGCUGCUUAUAAAUAUCAAGGUAAAGAUUUACAAGAAUUACCAUAUAUUUCCAACACUGGUAUUUGGGGAGCUUAUUAUGGAUUAAUUAUGAAUAUUGUGGUAUUGGCAUUUGAAAUAUUUUGGAUUGGAAUUUGGCCAAUUGGAAGUAAACCUGAUCCUGUCGUUUAUUUCCAAAAUAAUUUAGCAUUUUUCAUUGUCAUUGCCUUUUAUAUCGGUCAUAAAUUAUACAGUAGAAGUCUUAAAUUUUAUAAAAAAGUUGAUGAAAUAGAUAUUGAUACCGGUAGAACUCCUGAAGAAAUUGAUUUACUUUUACAAGAAAAGGAAGAAGAGAAACAAUUUGCAAAGACUCGUCCAAUUUAUAAAAAAAUCCUUAAUUUUUGGUGUUGA